CCCCGCUGAGAGACCGACAGCCCUUUAAAAAACAAAUCUCCGAGUCAUCAAAUGACAAGGCGAGUGCCGGAGGGUGUUGUGACUCCAGCAGCAGCUGCCCGCCCUUCCUGCCUGCAGCAGCCGGGCAGGGGCGCUCUCCCCUCGGCAGCAGGAGCAGCGAACACCUCCCCCGGCGAGUGGCUGCCCAGGCAGAGAAGUUCUCUCAGCCCCAGCCGAGCAGAAGGAGGCGGCUCCUGCGAGCUUGGGGGGGAGCGCAGAACUCGCCUGGAGCCGCCGCUGCCUGGCCCUCACCCCGCGCCCCGGCCAGCCGCUCACUCCCUCCUGCUCUGCCGAGCCGCCGCUGCUGCAUGAGGCGCUCCGGGCUGGUCUUCGGGGCCACCUGUUCCGCGCUCCUCCAGUCCGCAUCCGCGCCCGCGCCCACUCCCCCGGCCGGCCAUGAACGCCUCGCUGGGCAAUCAGACCGAGGCGGCGGGGCUCUUCUUCGCCAACAGCAGUGACUCCCUGGAGCGGGCCCUGGGCUGCUGCACCCAGGCCUCCGUGGUGACCGACAACGGCUUCGUGGUGACCGGCCCGGACGAGAGGAGCCUCUACAUCAUGCGGGUGGUGCAGAUCGCGGUCAUGUGCGUCCUCUCGCUCACCGUGGUCUUCGGCAUCUUCUUCCUGGGCUGCAACCUGCUCAUCAAGUCCGAGGGGAUGAUCAACUUCUUGGUGAAGGACCGGAGACCGUCCAAAGAGGUGGAGGCGGUGGUGGUCAGGCCCUACUGACAGCAAGUGCCUCCCGCUGAGGAUCCGGCCAGGAAACAGGUGGCACUUUCCGCAGGCCCUCGCUGCUGCUGCAGCGGCCACGGGUGCCUUUUGUCCGAGGGGGCCAGCCCCACCCCGGGAAGGGGAGCGGAGGCGCCUCGGGACCCGCUGCUGGCUUGGGGGCUCUGCGACCGCUUGCUACCCGGGGACGCUCCGAUGCAAGCCCCGGUUCUCCCGCGGCUCCUGAGCAGGGCGGCUGGGGGGGAAGGACACAGCCCCAGCCAGGCAGUCAGGGCGCGUCUGUCUCUUGUGUGUGUUACAGGGCCAGAGCUGAGCCUCUUGGAGCGCCUUGUAUAUAGUGAUUGUAACGCACUUUGCCGCUUGAUUUAAAACAGGGGGGUGGGGGUGGGAAGGAAAUGCCGAUUGUCAAGUGUUAAUUCCUGUUUUAGAGAUUUUCCUUCCACGGUUUUUCAUACGUUUGAUAACAGCCAGGACGCUGGCUCGGUGGGACGCGGGUUGGCAGUUCGUUGCCUCUAAACAAAUAACACUAACACCCACCAUGUGAAUGUUUUGAAGUUGUCUUUCUACUGUAGCGUUUUUUGUAGCCAGGGUCCGAGUCCCUCUUGCGCCCGCGGGAGCCGGCGAGCCUGAAGGCUGAGCCCUCGCUUCUUGUCUAUAUGAAUUGCACGGUUUACACAGCGAAAAGCGCUCGGGCGGGAACUGUCUUGGUCUGGUUUUUCUGGUUUCAUUUGCUUUAAUAAAUACAUCUUAAACUUUUA